AUUCAACAUCGGAUGAUAUUAAACCGUCUGUAACACGCAACAUAAGUGAGCGCAAUUGCACCUUGGAGGCUAAGACUAUAAAUUCUUUUGCGACAACAAGUCGGACCAUAUUCCUGAAAGUCUAUAUAAAGCCUUGCUCGUUUUUCAUCCUUCGAAAUUAGAAUUGUAUAUAUUACAACUGCUUGAAUAUUUCAUAUCCAGUAGAAGAAAGCUAAUCGAUACCAGCCUCAAUAGUGAUGGAUGAAGUAGUGCUCUUUGACAUCCCUAGUACACCACGCUGCCAUGGCUGGUCGCUUAAUCCAUGGAAAACGCGUAUGGCUCUCAAUUACAAGAAUGUACCAUACAAGACGGAGUGGACAGAGUUUCCAGACUUAGAGCCAAAAUUUAAGGAACUCGGAAUUGCCCCUAAUGAACAAGGCCGCGCAUAUACUUCGCCCGCAAUCAAGCUAGACCGCUCAACCUACAUCCAGGACUCCGCCAAAAUUGCCCUAGAGCUGGAAAAACGGUAUCCUCACCCGUCGCUCUACUUGGACUCAUCCUUACUACCCAUGGCCUACGAGGCCGUUACCGCCAUCUUGGUCAUCUACCGUCCUAUUUCAAUGUGCAAAGUACUUCCCAAACUACUUAACAGGAGAAGCGCGGACUACAUUUCCCGCACGAGAACUGAGGCACUUAAAAAGUCGCUUGAAGAGCAAGCGAAGGGUCCUGAUGCCGAAGAAGCAUGGAAGAAGAUGAAAGGACCGCUAGAGGAUUUGGCGGCGCUUAUUAAAGGGAAAGGGGGCCCAUUUAUGAUGGGGAAGACUCCAUCGUACGCAGAUUUCGUGAUCACGAGUUUCCUCUAUUAUAUUCGAAGGAUUGAUCAGAACGACUUUGACGGGAUGAUUGCUAUAGACUCUGCGCUCUCUGAUAUCUUUGAAGCAUGCGAACCAUGGUUCUUGAAAGAUGAUUAAGACCAAUGAAGAAUACUUAGGCAUCUGUCUAAGUUAUUGUUUUUCAAUUGCUUGAUUGAAGCUAUGCACAUGAUGACUGGACUUUAGGACAAUUUAAUAUCAGAAUGUGGAACUGUG